AUGAAUGUUCCUCUUUCCCUUCUUACCUUUGCUCUGCUGCAGUUGAUUUGCGCCGCCGUGGUCGCUGGAUCCCUUGGAUACGUCUCCUUGGAAGACCAACUUCUGGAUGCGGCUACAGUCAGUGGUUCCGGACGCAGGACUUGUAGACUGUACUGUCGGGUUGGCAUUGGUUUUCAUCUUCAGAUACACACCGACGGACGAGUUAACGGCAGUCAUCAACCCAAUCGGUUAAGUGUCCUGGAGCUCUUUGCUGUAUCUCAGGGCGUCAUCGGUAUCCGCGGAGUCUACAGUAACAGAUUCCUGUCCAUGAACAAGAGAGGAAGGCUUCACGCCGUGGAGCGGUUCACGGACGACUGUAGAUUCCGGGAGCGUUUCCAAGAGAACAGUUACAACACAUACGCCUCGGUGUUGCACCGGAACCACCGGACGGGUCGGGACUGGUAUGUGGCCCUCAACAAAAGAGGCAAAGCCAAGAUGGGCUCCAGCCCCAGGGUCAAAUCACAGCACGUCGCUACGCACUUCCUCCCCAGGCUCAACCUGCACGACCUGCAGAGCGAACGAGGCUUCACCAUCACCGACAGGAGCAAAGAGAGAAGGAAAAGCCUACCGGUGGCACCUAAACCCCCCUCGCAGCCAAAGAUGAACCUUAAUACAGGAACAGGGAAAAGGGUGCAGACUGUCAAGUACUGGCCGAAGUUUCGGUUUGGAUAGACUGAGGACAGGUUCAUGUCACGGAAGACUAUUGGCUGAGUGCUGUAGCCUGGAAUCAAUGGUAGGAUUCAGGAUUGCCAGACUGCUGUAGUGAAACAAUGGUGAAACAGAGUUCCAGGCUAUGUGGAUUGGAUUAGGGUUGAAUAGCGGGGACUGUGUUACCGAGAUUUACAGAGAUUUCCCGUCUAAACCCACUCCCCUUUCCCAGGAUAAAUAACUGCAAAAAAAACAGUAAAUUAUGCACUGAACAAAAAUGUUUACGCAACAUGCAACAAUUUCAAAGAUUUUACUGAGUUACAGUUCAUAUAAGGUAACCAGUCAAUUAAAAUGAAUUCAUUAGGCCCUAAUCUAUGGAUUUCACAUGACUGGGAAUACAGAAAUGCAUCUGUUGGUCACAGAUACCUUUAAAAAUAAGUAACAAUAAUAACAAUAAUAAUAAUAACAAUAAUAAUUAUAAUGUAGGGGCGUGGAACAGAAAACCAGUCAGUAUCUGGUGUGACCACCAUUUGCCUGAUGCAGCGCGACACAUCUCCUUCACAUAGAGUUGAUCAGGCUGUUGAUUGUGGCUUGUGGAAUGUUGUCCCACCUCUCUUCAAGGGAACUGGGAUAUGCUGUCAUACACGUCAAUCCAGAGCAUCCCAAACAUGCUCAAUGGGUGAAAUAUCUGUGGAGUAUACAAGCUAGGGAAGAACUGGGACAUUUUCAGCUUCCUGCUUUCAGCUUCCAUGCGUUAUCAUGCUGAAACAUGAGGUGAUGGUGGCGGAUGAAUGGCACGACAAUGGGCCUCAGGAUCUCAUCAUGGUAUCUCUGUGCAUUCAAAUUGCCAUCGAUUUAAAUGCAAUUGUGUUCAUUGUCUGUAGCUUAUGCCUGCCCAUACCGUACCCCCACCCCCACCAUGGGGCACUCUGUUCACAACAUUGACAUCAGCAAACCGCUCGCCCACACAACGCCUUACAGGCUGUCUGCCAUCUGCCCGGUACAGUUGAAACCAGGAUUCAUCCAUGAAGAGAACAGUUGUCCAGCGUGCCAGUGGCCAUCGAAGGUGAGCAUUUGCCCACUGAAGGCGGUUACGAUGCCUAACUGCAGUCAGGAAAAGACCCUGGUGAGGAACGACGAACACGCAGAUGAGCUUCCCUGAGACGGUUUCUGACAGUUUGUGUAGAAAUUCUUUGGUUGUACAAACCCACAGUAUCAUCAGCUGUCCGGGUGGUUGGUCUCAGAUUAUUCCGCUGGUGAAGAAGACGGAUGUGGAGGUCCUGGGCUGGUGUCCUGGGCUGGUGUCCUGGGCUGGGGUCCUGGGCUGGUGUCCUGGGCUGGGGUCCUGGGCUGGGGUCCUGGGCUGGGGUCCUGGGUUGGUGUCCUGGGCUGGUGUGGUUUGUGUUGAGUGACAAAACGGCACAUUUUAGAUUGGCCAUUUAUUGUCCCCAGCACAAGGUGCACCUGUGUAAUGAUCAUGCUGUUUAAUCAGAAUCUUGAUAUGCCACACCUGUCAAGUGGAUGGAUUAUCUUGGUAAAAGAGAAAUGCUCACUAAACAGGGAUGUAAAACACAUUUGUAUACAACAUUUGAGAAAAAUACACUUUUUGUGGUAUGGAACAUUUCUUGGAUAUUUUAUUUCAGCUCAUGAAACAUGGGACCAACACUUCACUGAACAAAAAAUAUAAACAUAUAUAAAUAUAAAUAUAAAUAUGUUGGGCCAAUGUCAACGUUCUAAACAGAGUGCCCCAUGGUUGGCGGUGGGGUUAUGGUAU